UUCUCUAAUCUAUUUACUUUUAGUUUUGUUUUUUAGAAAUGGAAGAGAGAAGCUUUAGCUCGUCAGAUAAUGACGAGGCGUUAUCCGUUUUAGAUCGUCUGAAACGUUUGGAAAGACGGGAGAGAAAAUGGCGUAGAAAACGUUCUAAGCGUAAACAUCGCCGCAAUUCUCGAUCUCCGUCGACUCCGGACGAGAUCCGAUUUCGUCGUUCUCGGUCGAGGUCUCGCCACUCACAUACUCUGCAGGACCGGACUCGCAGAAGUUCGGCCUCAGAUAAUGAAAGUUUUCUUCACUCUGAGAUUGAUCUGCACGUUGAUCAGACCCCAGGAGGUUUAACAACGGAGGAGAAUAAAGAGAACUCACCGACUUUGGUUAUUGAUAAUGACGUCGUUUUGGAUGAGGAUGUCUUAAAUAUUAUUGGCGAAGAUCCCGAAAAAGUUAAAAGUAAUACUAUUACUUUAAAUACAGCUAUUUGUUCCAGAUGGAACAAUUUUUUGCUCAAUGGGGUACCAGAAAACGAUUUAGCUUCUAUAAAAAGGAAGUAUAAUUUAAACAGUAAUCUGGAGUUAACCCUUCCGACAAUCAACCAAGAAUUGUCGCAAGUGACUAAUUUAACAGUCCGGAAAAAAGACAGCUGCUAUACUGAUAUUCAGUUACAGAUAGCUCAGGGUCUUAAUGCUUUAGGGUUGAGCAUUUCAAAUAUUUUAAAUGAUCCAGACGGUUUAUCGAAAGAGGUAAAAGAAAGUUUACUUUUACCUUUGUGGGAUGCAGGCAAAAUUUUUACUGACCUCUUCUAUACUUUAACCAAAACAAGGCGCAACUUACUGCUUCCGAUCCUCAACAAAUAUAUGCGAGAUUUAGCAGAAGGAACCACUGCCGAUAGAUCCUUAUUUGGGUCAAAUUUCGGAGAGUUGGUUAAAACAGCAAAAGUGCUCGAAAGAACGAGCAAAGAUCUGCUACCUCAUUCUUCGAACAAACCAAGGUUUAAAAGUCUUGUACCCAAGGGACGUGAGGGACGACAGAGGGGUCAGUUUACAAAAUUCACUCCCUCGACGGAGAUGGGAAACAGACAUCGCCCGGCCCGAUACAGAAGGGAAUCGAGGUCAGUCCAAGGGCGCCCUUACAAAAAUUUUCGGAAUUAAUUAACUCUAAUGAAAACCAGGGAAACCCGACCUCUUCCGAGGAACCUUACCCUGGUAGCAGUGCGUUUAUCAGGGAAGCGUUAAAGAGACGAGGAGUACCGGAUUGCGCUUUGGAGGUAAUGAUUCAUUCGAUAUCCCGAUCAACGGAAGCGC